AUGUUUCUGAGAGCACAGAGCUUUUGUCGCAGCUUGUUAAAAUUUCAGAGACAGAGAAGUACAGACACGUUAGGGUUGAUCCCAAUUUCAUCAUCACCAGACAGUCUAAAGAAAGUGCUUCAAACACUAUCUAGAAAAUGGGGAGACGUAAUGGAAGAUCUCUCGAAUCUUCAAGUGAAACCCAUGAAAGGUGCAAUGACUAACGAAGUUUUCAUGGUGACUUGGCCAACAAAGGAUAACGAUUGUAGCCAUAGGAAGGUUCUUGUUCGUGUUUACGGACAAGGAGUUGGUGAUAUGUUAUUCAACAGGACAGAUGAGAUUCGUACGUUUGAGGUUGUCUCUCGUUACGGUCAUGGUCCUAAGCUUCUUGGCCGGUUUGCUGGUGGUAGAGUCGAGGAGUUUAUUAAUGCUAGGACGUUAUCGGCAACAGAUUUGCGCGACAUCGAAGUAUCUGCUCGUGUUGCGGCUAAGCUAAGAGAGUUUCAUGGUAUAAACAUCCCUGGUGAUAGGAAUGUGCUCAUUUGGGAUAGGAUGAGGAAUUGGCUUAGACAAGCCAAGAGUCUGUGUACACCUGAAGAUUCAGUAGAGUUUGGUCUAGACAACAUUGAAACUGAGAUAAACUUGCUGGAACAUGAGCUGCACAGUGAGUGUAAGCAACAGAAGAUUGGGUUUUGUCACAAUGAUUUGCAGUAUGGUAACAUUAUGAUUGAUGAAGACACCAAUGCCAUUACUAUCAUUGACUACGAGUACGCUAGCUAUAACCCAGGUGCAUACGACAUUGCGAAUCACUUCUGCGAAAUGGCUGCAAAUUAUCAUUCUGACACUCCUCAUAUCUUGGAUUACACUCUAUACCCAGGAGAAGAGGAAAGAAGAAGAUUCAUCCAUAACUAUCUCAGCUCUUCAGGCAAAGAACCAAAUGAAGAAGACAUUAAACAGCUCUUAGAGGAUGCUCAAAAGUACACAUUAGCAAGCCAUCUCUUCUGGGGCUUAUGGGGAAUCAUCUCUGGGUAUGUGAACAAGAUCGACUUCGAUUACACCGAGUACUCAAGACAAAGAUUCAAACAGUACUGGCUUCAUAAACACAAGUUCUUAUCUUCCUUCACCUCUUAACUGUAUGUUUCA